AUAUAUAUAUAUAUGCCAUGUUCGUUUGGAGGUCGCUAGCGUCAGCGACCAACCUGAGCGUCUAAACGUUGUUCGUUUACCGGUCGCACGUUCAGCGACUGAUCGCAGCGACCAGACGCUAGCGACCCGCGAUUAAAAAUUUUGAUCGCCGAGAAAUUCAGCGUUUGCGACCAAAACCUGCGAACAGAAAAAAAAAACUCAAAAUACAAAAACACCCUCAAUCUAUCUUCAAAAUUACAAAACAAUACCAUUAACCUAAAUCCUAAAAUAAUUUCUCACGCCUCAGCUCUCUCUCUCUCUUAGCCAUCUCUCACGCCUCUCUUCUCUCUCUCUCUCUCUCUCUCUCUCUUUACCAUCUCUCACGAUCUCUCAGGCCUCAGCUCUCUCUCUCUCCCUUCACCAUCUCUCACGCCUCUCUCACACCUCUCUUCACCAUCUCUCACGAUCUCUCAUCUCCAUCUCUCACACCUCUCUUCACCUCUCACGAUCUCUCGUCUCCAUCUCUCACGCCUUAGCUCUCUUAAAGGUUUGGACAUAAAUCACAACAAGAUAAGACAAGAAGAAUGGCUGAUGAAGUGUUUUAGGCAGUUCUAGUUUCUUAGAUUUUUUUGUAAUUGUUUUUUCUGCUAGUUUAGCUUGUUUGUCUAUUGAUGAGACUUGUUAUUUAGAAAUGGACCGAUGAAGAAGUUAGGUAUUUCUUUGCUCUUUAUGCUGAUGAGAAAAAGAAAGGGAACAUACCAAGGAGUGGCAUGAAUCUAGCUGGAAGAGAGUUCAUCGUAAAUAAGUUUGAAGAGAAAUUUGGUAAGAGAUGGAUAUGAGACAGGUUUAAGAACAAGGUUGAUAUUAGUAGAAAAGCAUAUGUCAAGUUCAAGAAGCUUACCCACAAUAGAACCGGGCUUGUCUAUGAUGCUUUGGGAAGGUUGGAGAUGUCGGAUGCUUGGUGGGAUCAACGCAUUGCGAAAACAGGAGCCAACCAUGAAUGUCCUUGCUAUAUGUAACUUUGAUAUGAAGUUCAUAUAUGCUUAUGUGGGUGUGCCGGGUAGAGCCCAUGACACAAAGGUAUUAACUUAUUGUGCAAGGAAUGAGCCUUUUUUUCCACAUCCGCCAAAUGGAAAGUAUUAUUUGUUUGAUGCUGGAUAUCCCACAAGAACAGGGUGUCUUGGUCCGUAUCGUAGAGUUCGAUAUCAUCUGGAUCAGUUCAACAGAGGAGGACCACCAACGAACACUCGAGAGGUGUUCAACCGGAGACAUUCAAGCUUGCGAUCAGUGAUUGAGCGGACAUUUGGAGUGUGGAAAGCAAAAUGGAGAAUUCUUGACCGUAGGCAUCCAAAAUAUGGUUUGAUCAAAUGGAUAAAGCUAGUGACGGCAACGAUGGCUCUACACAACUUCAUACGUGAUUCACAUCGAGAAGAUAAUGAUUUUGUGCAUUGGCAGAGAAGAGAAGAAUAUCAUACUCAUGGUGAUAAUGAUGAAGAAGAAAGAGAUGAAGAGGAAGAAGAAGAAGAAGAAGAAGAAGAAGAAGAAGCUGGUGAUGGUCAUGGUGGACAUAUUCCAUAUGAGCCGACUGGUGAUAGAGCCGUGGAAGGUUUACAUGAUCAUAUUGGUAAUGAGUUGAGUAGAGGAUAUCGAUUACCUUACUAGUUUAUUUGAUUUGAGUUUGUACUGAUUAUUAUUAUAAGUUACUCGUAUGAUCACUUUUUUUAUUAUUUAGACUUUUUCAAUAUUCUAAGUUACAAGGAAU